ACCAAGAAAAGCAGAAGGCUGCCGAAGGAGGAAACAUUAAUUAGCGAGCGUUUAGUGAUAAUCACAGCCCAAGUUAACGUAAUCGACGGCACCCGUAGAUGAUUGAAGGUGAAAGAUGUCGUUUAAAGAAGACCUACUGCUGCUGCUAAAACCCUACUAUUGGAUCAACAUUCUUAUGAGCAUUUCGUUCAUCGUCGCAAAGCGAGCACCGUUCAUCUGUGACUAUUUAUGGACUAAUCUGUUUCAACAAGAGGACCAGUGCGAGCUCGAUGGGCGCGAAACGGAAAUCCUGUUCUUUCUGCUGAUUGUGGUCAUGAUCCGGACGAGGAAAACAGGCAGUGUGACGAUGAUCAACUAUCUUACCUCCAGCUUCAUGUACACGAAAAUAGCAAAUCUGGGCCUGUGGUUUUACAACGAUAUCCGUCUCGGCAUGAUCUACUUCGUGUUUUUCAUCUUGGUUGCUCUACUCUUGCCAGAACCGACGUACACCGGACCGGAGAAUGUGCUGUACUUCCGUACCGAGAACGGAUUGCAGGAGGAGCUCGAGAAAGACAAGCGCGUUACUUGGCUGGUAACGUUCUACACGGUUUGGAAUCCUGCGUGUGUGACUUUUGCUCCUGUUUUUUCGGAACUAUCGAAUGAAUACGCCUUGUCGAACUUGAAGUUUGGAAAGCUGGACAUCGGACGGUUCCCAAAGAUUGGCGAAAAGUACCAUGUCUCCGACAGCUCCUUCAGCCGUCAAUUACCUACCGUGAUCCUGUUUCGUCAGGGUAAAGAAGUCGCUCGUCGGCCGUACGCGGACAGUAAGGGCAAACUAGUGAAGUUCUUCUUUUCUUCCGAUAACGUGAAAGCUGCCUUUGAUUUGAAUAAUCUAUACAAAGAAUGUAAAGAUAACCCCAUCAAGGCAAUCAAAUCGAUAGCCGAAAAGAAGAAGGAGUAAUGCAGCCUAACCUUGAGGGCACUGCAUUUAUACCGCAACCAACAUUUAGUAGCAUUUCAAAGGGGCAGAGCUCUGAUAGCGAUUAUCUUAUCGACAUUGCGAUCUUCAUUCGACCGUCAACAGUUAAUUAGGUUCGCUGGAGAGAGGUACACACGCGUGUAAAACACUAUUGUAAGAAUUAUUUAUCCGUCGAGUAGAUUACGCUUGAGCAUGAAGACACCUAAUCGAGUCAAGGUGUAUGGCAGCUUUAGUUGUUUUAAUUUGUUAAAAUAUCAUUUCACGUCGAUCGCACAUCCACGAACCACGCGAGUUUUAUUUGUUUUAAGUGUUGUAGCUACCGUAAACAUGAUAGUAAAAUGCGAAUAGUCAAAUAAAUCCUACCGUCGUAGUUAUUAACAAGA